UGUAACACUCAGCACUGCUGCUGCUUCUGCGGCUCCUACAAUGUAACAGCACCGUGAUCGGAGACGCAGCUUGAGAAGUGACCGAUCCCGAUGAGCCGACCUCCAGAGUGGGAAAUGCGUUUUUAUUCUGCUGUGAGACCCCUUCCGCCGCCCUAGUGGUCCCGUUGAGUGGAUUGUAAAGUGUCCUCGCUGACUGGCUUCACAGGAUCGAGUUUGUGUGGAUUAUUGGAACCGGAGGCCCCGUUGAGUUGAAUGUGUGUGCUGGGCUGGAGUGGGUCAGUAUGAGGCUGCCGCUGCCGCUCUGAGCGGGCUCUCUGCUCCCCGCCUUGGGUCUCUUGCAAAAUAAUAUUUACUUAUAAAACUGGACACCCCUGGAGCAGUUUAUGACGACUCUGGUUGGACCGUAAUGACCGCACGCUUCCGGUUGCCUGCAGGCAGAUCCUACAAUGUCCGGGCGACGGAGCUGGCACGCGACAGGCAGCGCACCGAGGUGGUCUGCAACGUUCUUCUUUUGGACAACACUGUCCAGCCUUUUAAAAUCAAUAAGCACGAUCAAGGACAGAUCCUACUGGACGCUGUCUUCAAGCACCUGGAGCUGACCGAGAGAGACUAUUUUGGGUUGCACCUGGCCGACGACUCCUCUGAUAGCCCGAGGUGGCUGGAUCCAAAUAAACCCAUAAGGAGGCAAUUAAAAAGGGGCUCUCCACAUCAUCUGAACUUCCGGGUGAAAUUUUUUGUGAGUGACCCCAACAAACUUCAGGAAGAAUACACACGGUACCAGUAUUUUCUACAGAUUAAGCAGGACAUACUCAAUGGAAGACUGCCCUGUCCGCACAAUACUGCCGCACUCCUGGCAUCGUACGCUGUUCAGUCUGAGCUGGGUGAUUACAGUGAAGCUGAGAAUUUGCCAGGAUACCUGUCUGAGUUCUGCUUCAUCCCCAACCAGCCACAGGACUUUGAAAAAGAGGUCACCAAACAUCACCAGCAACACAGUGGACUUACUCCAGCACAGUCUGAAUUCAAUUACCUGAACACGGCACGAACGCUGGAACUUUAUGGAGUGGAACUGCACUAUGCAAGGGAUCAAAGCAACACAGAGAUUUUCAUAGGCGUGAUGUCAGCUGGCAUUGCCAUCUACAAGAACAGGGUACGAAUCAACUACUUUCCAUGGUUGAAGAUUGUAAAAAUAUCUUUUAAAUGCAAGCAGUUUUUCGUCCAGCUGAGAAAAGAGGCGCAUGAGACGAGAGAGACAUUGCUCGGGUUCAACAUGGUAAACUACAGGGCCUGUAAGAACCUCUGGAAGGCCUGUGUUGAACACCACACCUUCUUUCGGCUAGAUCGGCCCGUUCCUCCGCAGAAGAACUUCUUUGCGCACUACUUCAGUUUGGGCUCCAAGUUCAGAUACUGUGGGAGGACGGAAUCACAAUCUGUUCAGUAUGGCAAGGAGAGGGGAAUCAAGGACAGAGUGUUUGCAAGAUCUCCCAGCAAGCCCCUGGGCAGAAAGUUGAUGGGUGUGACAGACUGGGAAUCAGUGAGCAGGAACUCACUGUCUGAAGAGAGGCUGGAGACCCGUAGCCUGCCCACCCGCUCGCCCCCUGGGACGCCCAACCAUAGGAACUCCUUGUUUGUGCAAGAGGGUCCUCGGCUACGGCCCUCUUCCAUGGGUCACCUGGUGGACCAUGUCAUCCAUGCCUCCCCCAGCCUCCCUGUUUUCUCCAAUCACAAAUCGGCUUCCUCUACACAAGCUAACAGCAUCAGCCUGGAGUCUACGCCGUAACCAAACGGGGUCUCCGGAAGGUCCGCCCCUGCCCUCCCACCCAAACAGUCCCGGAAGAACCUGAGCCAGCUUAUACUGUCCCACUCCCAACAGGACUUGGACAACCACAUCAAUGAAAUGUACGAUGUCCCUAUAGCAACAGAAAAGGCCACGCCCAAUGGAGUCAUUCCUCAUGACAAUCUUGUCCUGAUCAAGAUGAAACCGGAUGAGAACGGAAGAUUUGGGUUUAACGUGAAGGGCGGCUCUGAUCAGAAGAUGCCCAUUAUCGUGUCUCGAGUAGCGCCUGGAACAUCGGCUGAUUUGUGUGUGCCUCGACUAAAUGAGGGCGAUCAGGUUGUGCUGAUCAACGGUCGAGAUAUUGCAGAGCACACGCAUGAUCAGGUGGUCAUGUUCAUCAAGGCCAGCUGUGAGAGCCACUCGGGGGAGCUCAUCCUGUUGGUGCGGCCCAAUGCUAUCUACGAUGUGGUUGAGGAGAAAUUGGAGACCGAACCGGAUUUUCAAUAUAUCCCAGAGAAAUCUCCCACAGACCCAUCGCAGCUGGACCAGGACGCCUGGAGGGACUCGAUGCUGCAGUUAAAGGAGGGUCUCAAUAGUGCUACUAUAUUGGCCCAGUUUGAUCAACUGUAUCGGAAAAGGCCUGGAAUGACAAUGUCAUGUGCCAAAUUACCUCAGAAUCUUUCCAAAAACCGCUACAGAGACAUCUCACCUUAUGAUGCAACUCGAGUCAUCUUGAAAGGCACAGACGACUACAUCAAUGCAAAUUACAUCAAUAUGGAAAUCCCUGCCUCCAGUCUCAUAAACCGCUAUAUCGCCUGCCAGGGGCCACUGCCCAAUACAUGUCCGGAUUUCUGGCAGAUGAUGUGGGAGCAGGGCUCCUCUUUGGUAGUCAUGCUUACUACUCAGGUUGAGCGAGGACGUGUGAAGUGCCAUCAGUACUGGCCGAACCCCUCAGGUAGCGCCACAUACGGCGGCUUUCAGGUUUCCUGCCAGACUGAGGAAGGAAACUCUGCUUUCUUGGUUCGGGAUAUGACUCUUACUCACAUCGAGAGUGGGGAAAGCAGGGAAAUGACCCAAAUCCAGUACCUGGCGUGGCCUGAUCACGGUGUACCAGAUGAGUCAACGGACUUCCUGGAUUUCGUGGUUCUGGUCCGAAGUAAACGAGCUGGGAAGGACGAGCCCGUUGUGGUCCACUGCAGCGCUGGGAUUGGCCGGACGGGAGUUCUCAUCACCAUGGAGACGGCAAUGUGUCUGAUGGAGUGUGGCCAGCCGGUGUAUCCAUUAGAAAUUGUGAGAACCAUGCGGGAUCAGAGGGCCAUGAUGAUUCAGACGCCUAGCCAGUUCAAGUUUGUGUGUGAGGCAAUACUGAAGGUUUACGAGGAGGGCCUGGUGAAACCGCUCAAGUCCACGCUGUACGAAUCCAACUAAUGCAAUGCCAGCUUUUCCCGAAAAUGAUGCUGAAAUUCACUGACAAGAUCUUCUCCACAUGAUGAUGUUACAGCUCCGUGACAGAGUGAUGGAGAAGUAUCUCGAGCCAGGAACACAGGACAUAUAAACCAAGCACUUCUGCACUUUACGCUGGCAAAGAGACUAUAUGCCAGGCUUCAAUGAGGAGAGAGAGAGAGAGAAGUGACAAAGAAAUCUAACAAAGGUGAAUUAGGUACUUGUUGGGACUUUGAGUGUUCAGGGUUUUAACAAAUAUAUAUGUUAAUAAUGAAUAUAGUGGAGAUUGCUGGUGCCAUAUGUGUGUAAGGGCAGGCCCGUGAAUGAGUGUUUUUAUAUGUGGUCACCUAUUAUUUGGAAACAAACAACACCCACAAAACAAUUCACUUCCAGGCCUGUGCUGCAGAUGAACAUUUGUAUUUUUGUUAGAAAUAUUUAUUGUUUUAGUUUCAAUAUUGAGCCCUGCUCAUUCAACAUAAGUAACUACUUACAAAACAAACAAAAAAAAAAACUUUUUGUUACAACAGUGAUCUUUUUUUUUUCUUUUCCUGUUUGCUUUGUUCUCGCUUUUUGGCGCAGGAUGAAAAUCAUUUUUAUUUAUUUUGCUGUCAAACUAAAAAGCUUUCAACAAGGACUUUAAAGCACUUUGCAUUACAUCUGUGAUGCAAAAUAUAGGUUCGGACUCUCACGCAGAAUGAAUACUAAAAUGAAAAUGUUGUUAUUUACUCACCCUUGUGUCUUUCCAAACCCAUAUGAUGAUCUUUUAUGAGAUGUUUUGAAAAAUGUUCAUGCUGCUCAUUUCCAUACAGUGAAAGCCUACAAGAUAAAAAGACAGAAAAUACAAUAAUAUUCUCUAUAUUCCAAGUUUUCUGAAGCAGGAAAAGACACACAAUUACACAAUUAGUUAUGAAAUAAAAGAACCUGUGAGACUAUAGAAUAAUAAAUUCCGGGCCACCAACCCACAGAAAUGAACAUACAGAAGAUUCCUUUAAAAUUAGAUUGAUUCAUUUUUUUUGUUUAUACACUCCUCUGCUGUUUUAUUGUAAGAGAACUGUCAUUUAGAAUUUUGAUCUGUUCAGAGGUAAACAUUCCCUGAAAGAAUAAACUCCUUGCCAUUUAAAAUCAGAUAUUCAAUUGAAGGGUUUAGUAUCCCUGUAGGUGAUAUAACAGCUGCAUCAGUGUUGCAAAUAAUAACUGUUUUUUGUGUUGUUGUUAAAUCUGAAUGUUGCACACCACAAUGUGUCAAAUGCAGUACCAUGUUGGGAGAUCAAAUCGGAGUUUGUUUAUUUUUGACCUGUUUAUUUCUUUGUAGCAGAAUAUCCCGAUAACAUUAGCGAGUGUGUCCAGUGUGUGUGGUGUUGUGUUAUUACUGUAUGUUUCUGAUGUCUGUAUGUGUAAGUGUGUUUUAUAGUACUGUUGGUGUGAAUGUAAGAGCCCAAAUCACAUGUUUAGGUUUGAUCUAGGCCUGGUUCAACACAUUCGAGCUGGCGUCUGGUUCAGGCUGUUCGGUUUUAUUUGGUUUAUUUAAUUUAGCCCUAUUUUUAUGAACAGUCUUUGUUUAGAAGCCAUCAAAUUAACAUUGAUAAUCUCUCAAAUUAAAUGUUGAACCGUUUCACAGGUCAUCUCUAGUUGAAUGCAGAGUUGAAUCCACGCCUGUACUCUUUGUAAGGUACUAUCUACAUUUACAGUCAAUCAUAUGAUGAUUGUCAUAAAAAUAGUCAUAAUUGCUGGAGAACCUUGGUUUUAGGACCAAAUAAUUCCUUUCUAUGCUGAAGAGGUUACAGGUUUUACCAAAAAAACAUUUAAAACAGGAAUAUGGCAUGGAAUUUGGGAGAAACUACACACCUCCUGCCUUGUGGGACAGCACUUUUUCAACAAAGAUGUACAAUUGUAGACUGGAGUUUUAACGUUUUAUUUGCUGCAAAUAACAGGAAGGUCGAGUUGUGCCACUUGUCCAUUUUUAUGAAAAUAUUAUAAAGUGUACAUACAAUGUUGUAUAUUAAAAAGAAAAUCUUUAAAAUAAAAGUAAGAU